UUGGCCCUUGGGCUCCAGCUCGCCUCCACCAGCCACCGCCGGAACUCCGUGUCUCGCCGCCGUCAGUUCCCGCCGCGCUUGGUUGUGAGCCGCAGCAGCAGGCCGGAUACGGGAUGGGGAACAAGGAGGUGGAGCAGGAGGAGGAGGAGCAGGAUGAUCAGGAGGAGGAGGAGGAGGAGGAGGAUCAGGAGGAGGAGGAGGACGACGAGCAGGGGGAGGAGGAGGAGCAGCAGGCGAUAGAGGGCCUCCCCAACGACCUCCUUCGGGAGAUCCUGUCGCGGGUGCCGUACCAGUCGCUGUGCCGCUCAAAGUGCGUGUCCACGGCGUGGUUCAUUCUCUGCUUCGACCCCGCCGUCCUCAGGAGGUCGCCCCAGACGCUCUCCGGCUUCUUCGGCCUCUCCGGCAGCGGCAACGACCGCUUCAUCAACCUGUCCGGGAGAGGCCGGCCGCUGGUCGACCCCUCUCUCGGUUUCUUGCGCGACCACGAGUACGUCACUCUCCUAAACUGCUGCGCCGGCAUUUUCCUCUGCCAAGGCUGGAAUCAGGCCACCGAACGCUCGGAAUACGUUGUGUGCAACCCUGCCACCGAGGAGAUUUGGGCUGCGGUGAGUGUGCCUCACACGCAAGAGAAGGGAGCUCCGCGACACUACACCUUCUGCUUGUGUUUCGACCCCGCCGUACCCCGCCGUUUUGCGAUAUUCAUCUUCAUCCGUGGUUCCUACGACAUAAGGAUGGUAGAGGUAUACACGUCCGAUACCCGAGAAUGGGUUUCCUUGCCGAGCGGAUGGGGUGAAUGGAUUCGGGUGUUUGGUGGCCAAAGAUACGUUUUCUUAAAUGGCACUCUGCAUUUCAUUGCCUAUGAUUCCGAGGAGGACACGUUUUACUCGGAGGAGGUCACAACACGCUCGAUAGUCACGGUAGACGAGUAUGGCAAAACGUGGAGGAGAAUUCCGCAACCGCCAAAAGCCGAUUUUACUUUUAUCGGGCAAUCUCUGGGGUGCUUAUAUGGUAUGCAGAUAGAUCAUGGUAACGCGGGUUGUCUGCUAUCAGUUUGGGCUCUUGAAAAUUAUGCUAGUGGAGAGUGGACCUUAAAGCACACUGCCAACAUUUUGGAGCUGCUAGAAAUGCCCUGUCUAGAGCACAGUGAGCGCUACACCUUGGUUGCAAUCCAUCCGGAACAGAACCUAAUUUUUCUUAGUGGUGGGAUGGAACCGGAACAGACACUUAUGUCGUAUGAUAUGGAUACCCAGAAGUUGCAUAGUAUCUGCACUCUUGGGGACUAUGGUAUGGUAAACCUUCAGCCAUACAUUCCCUGUUUUGCGGAACGGCCAUCUGAUGCUCAGUAAAUUUUGGAGGGGCUUCGUAUUUGCCAAGUUGGCAUGGCUCCGGUGCGGUCAGGAAACUCAGCUGUUGGGUUGUGUCAUACCUUCUAGUUUCCAGCCAUGGAUUACAUAAGUCCUUCAUCUACUCGACUAUCAAAUUUGGUUAUCAUCUGUUGGUGUACACUUGCAUUCCUUUUUGUGGUUGUCAACAGUGAUGUUCAACCAUCGAAGCUUGUAGGCCAUCCUUUCGUGUGUAAUGCAGUUAUAUGACUGAACCUAGUCACAUAAAUCUCUUUCCUUCAUGUAAUAAUUGUUGUCGUCACCUGUUAGCUUCUUAUAUGCUGGUGAAUGUGAAACAAGGAGGCAUUAAAUA